AUGUCGUCCAAACACUUCAUCCACGACCCGACGCACCUCGUGACCACAGCGCUGCUGAGCAUCCCGCACACCAACCCGUCGGUGCGGUGUGACAUUGAGAACAAGAUCAUAUACAGCGCCAACGGCGCAUCGCAGGUCUCGAUUGUGUCGGGCGGCGGCUCAGGCCACGAACCCUCGUUUGCAUCGUUUGUGGGGCAUGGCCUCCUCAGCGGCGCGGUGGCCGGCACCAUCUUUGCGUCGCCGUCUGCAGAGCAGGUUCGCCGGUGCAUUCUCCACCGCGUCGGUAGGGAUAAGGGUGUCCUGGUCGUGGUAAUGAACUACACGGGCGAUGUGCUGAAUUUUGGCAUGGCCGUGGAGAAAGCUAGAGCCGCGGGCAUUGAGGUCGAUAUGGUUGUUGUUGGAGACGACGCGGGCGUCGGGAGGGCGAGAGGUGGUAAGGUGGGCAGAAGAGGUAUUGCAGGGACGGUGCUUGUGCACAAGGUUGCCGGUGCGCUGGCGGCAAGAGGAGCGAGCCUAAAGGAUGUCACAAGGGUCGCGCAGCUGGUUGCUGAUAACACUGUCUCGAUUGGCUCGUCCUUGUCGCACGUCCACGUCCCUGGACGCAGAGAGCCAGAGGACGACGCGUUGAGAGAGGGUGAAGUCGAGAUCGGGAUGGGCAUUCAUAACGAAGCUGGAUCGGAGAGAAAGUCAACUGAUCUGCCAGGCUUGGUGAAGACGAUGCUCGAGCACUGCUUGGACACCGCGGACCAGGAUCGCAGCUUCUCUAGCAUCAAGGAAAGAGACGAGGUCGUUCUCUUGGUGAACAACCUCGGUGGAGUCAGUCCGCUGGAACUCGGAGGCAUCACAAAUGAGGUUGUGGAACAGCUGGAGGGAAGCUUCAAGAUCAAGCCCGUCAGGAUACUGUCAGGAACGUUCAUGACGAGCCUGAACGGUCUUGGCUUCAGUGUCAGUCUGCUGAAGGUAGUUGAUCUUCAGCUCGGCGGUGGUCCUUCUUUACUGGAACUCCUGGACGCACCUGCAGAGGCGAGUGGCUGGUCUGCGGCCAUCAGUAGCGGUACCUGGCAGAAACGGGGACAAACAGCAGAGGAAGAAAAGCAGACGGACGGGGAAGAGAUCCAGCCAAGCACGCUGAGGGUUGACCCUAAGCAAGCCAAGUCAACAUUGACGACCGCAUUAGAACGGCUCAUUUCGGCCGAGCCAGAUGUCACAAGAUACGAUACGAUAGUAGGUGACGGAGACUGCGGCAUUGGCCUAAAGCGUGGCGCGGAGUCGAUUCUCAAGAUGCUCGAAACGGCAAACGAUACCGACGAUGUGCUGAUUCUCGUCAACAACAUCAUUCAGGUGGUUGAGGUGUCCAUGGACGGGACUUCUGGUGCUAUAUAUGCCAUUUUCCUGAAUGCGCUCGCCCAUGGAUUGCGACAGAAUGCGCCAUCUUCACCGGGGCCAGUUACCCCCGAGAUCUGGGCAAAAGCCUUGGGCUCAUCCCUCAAAGCACUUGGCAAGUACACGCCAGCUCAGCCUGGAGACCGAACCCUGAUCGACGCGUUACAUCCGUUUGUCCAGACACUGUUGAAGACAAGCAAUAUCGACGAGGCUGCAGCAGCUGCGGAGAAUGGCGCGCAGGGAACAAAAGGGAUGAAAGCGAGCUUGGGCAGGACCGUGUAUGUUGGAGGCCAAGGGUUCCAGGAGGUUCCAGAUCCCGGUGCCCAUGGCCUCGCUGAACUACUGCUGGGCCUGAGUGAAGGACUGAAGAGGUGA